UAUGCUAGCAACAUCAGAAAAGUGAGCUAAAGGAAGAAGGAAAUCGUUCAAUGUCAUCAUUGACUGAGUGAAUUGUCUAUGCUAAAAAGUUCUUUUCCAUCGUUUUCUGUUCUCAGAUUCGGAGGUUAGAAACAUGACUCGCAAACGCCGUAAUGGAGGACGGGCUAAGCACGGCCGUGGACACGUGAAAGCCGUCAGAUGCACCAAUUGCGCGCGAUGCGUGCCUAAGGACAAGGCAAUCAAAAAGUUCGUGAUCAGAAAUAUCGUCGAAGCCGCCGCGGUCAGGGAUAUCAACGAAGCAUCCGUAUAUGCAUCAUUCCAGCUGCCUAAGCUGUACGCAAAGCUCCACUACUGCGUCUCAUGCGCGAUCCACAGCAAAGUAGUGCGCAACAGGUCUAAGAAGAACAGGAGAAUCCGUACUCCCCCCAAGAGCACCUUCCCUAGGGACAUGCAGCGCCCACAGAAUGUGCAGAGGAAGUGAGCUGUUCAGUAAUAAAAUAUAAGAAAAUCCA